AUGAAUUACACUGAAGAUAAAACUGCCAACAACACGAAUUUUGCUAUUGUGGGCAUGAUGCCUGCCUCCUCUUGGAAGGAAGAUGAAGAGGAACAUUUUUUUAAUGGUAAAAGGGAUUUGUUUUGGCCUGUAGCUGCAGAGGAAUCAGAGAUUCAAGAAGGCAUUGAUAAAGUAAAAGGCUUGAUUGAAUCGGAAGAUCCAGCAAUAGUUCUUUUGGUGGGAAUGGUGUUGGGCUUAUACUGGUUUGGCCGUGGAGUCGAGUGUGGACCUUUGGUAGUUGAAGGAAUUAAUCCAAGUGCUGCUAACCCUCAAGCCGAUUAUUUCGAAACACCAAACAAUCAAUUUUAUCGAUUGAUUAACGAGAGUGGAGUUACCGGUGAGAUUCAAGUGAACAGAGCUUCCGAGCUUCGCUUGAUCAAUGCAGGUGUGAUGAACUUUGUGGACAGAGCCACCCAAACGGAAAAAGAAAUUAAUAAUGAUGAAUUGGCUGCUGGAAAAUAUCGUUUGCAAAUUGCAAUACAAAACUUUCAUCCAAGGCCCAGAAACUUUGAGGGUGUACCUGUCUUUUGCGUGCCUCAUGGCAGCAACAAAGGCUUAAAUUUGACUUUCAAUGAUAAAUUAAUAUUUUAUCAACAAUUGAGCGAUUACUUGAUCGACAAUUAA